UCCCGUGCUAGUUAAUGCCGAUGACAUUGACGGACGGGAAGCAGCUAAGCUUUGACUUACAGCGGGACGAUCGAUGCGAGAAUGUCGCAGGCUAAUUUGCUGCAGAGCUGUAAUUGGGAAACUCAGUACGAUGAUCCCCAGGUGCAAUUUCCUCGUCCUAUUCCAGACGAAGUUAUCAGCGUUUACGAAGUUUACGUAAAGGAAGAGUCGGGCGCGGAUUCGAAGAGCGGCGAUGCACCAGGUGCAUCGGGAUUAGGACCCGUCACCAACCAGCAAUUGCUCCAAGUAAUUAAUCGCUGCGAAAGUUUUAUCAAUGAGAACGAUUUGCGAUCAUGUAAAAUCACUUUCAAGGAUGAAUGCAUGGACCUCGAUGCAGCAAUAGACUCCGAAGUGAUCAAUAUCGACGGCACCGUCACGAAACUCCUCGGCAAGGAUGCGUUAAGGUACAAAAUUCUCGAACAGACGGUUAACACGCCAGAUGAAAAUGUAGUUGUAUAUUCACAUCCUGUUGCCGAAGAACCUUCGUCCUCGACAACGCGACUUAUCGAUAAGGAUGAUCCGCGAUCCAGGCUGCAUUUUGUAAAAUAUCUAAAACGCGACGGAAAAACACUCAAAAUCUGGGAAUGCGGCAUUUGUUCAAAAGAGUUCCGUCACCAGUACACCUUGAUGAGACACUUGCCGACCCAUACCGACGAAAGAAACUUUAAAUGCGAGGCUUGCGGCAAGGCUUUCCGCCAGUUGUCCACAUUGAGUCAGCACAAGGCUAUACACAGUGACGCUAGACCCUAUGUAUGCGAAUUCUGCAAGAAAACGUUUAAUAGGGUAUCUACGCUAAUUUCUCAUCGCAAAACUCAUUCAGAACACAAACCGCACAAAUGUCACGUGUGCGGUAAAGGAUUUCAUCAAAAGGGCAAUUUGCGUAAUCACGUAUUCACGCACACGAACGAGCGGCCAUACAAGUGCGAGCUCUGCGGCAAGGGCUUCAAUCAGAUGUCAAAUUUGGUCUGUCAUAAGGUGAAAGCGCACGCACACGCCGACAAGAUGCAAUAUUCAUGCGGAGUCUGCGGAAAGGAGUUCCCGCGUAGAUUCGCCUUACGAUCGCACGAGGAGUACAAGCACGGUAUAAAGUAUCGGAGCACGAGCAACGUGCAAUCUGCCGUGAACGAACCCAGUAGCGCAAAAAGCAAGAACGUUAGGAUCAUACAAUUGUUCAAUGGCGAUCGAAAUCAAACGAACGAAAGCAAAGAGAAGGAUUAUUUUGGUUCAUCGGAUUUAAUGGAUAGCAUUGUGAUAGACAAAAUUGAAACAAAAGCGAUGGAGGUUGCGUUACUUCAAGGUCAGACUCCCUUUGCUCUUUAUAGACCCGUUAAGGGUAUACCAGUACUUGUUAAAGUUUUACCCACUGCAAGUAAUAAGCACAUUCUUACACCUGCGACUGCCGAAGAUUUACGAAUGGCGGGGAAGAUAACUUCGAAUCCUACUGAGACUUCAGACGCUGACGGCAACAAGGCUGUUCAGGUGAAAGUACCCGUUGUUGCCACGGUGAUACAAAAUAUCGAAUCUAAUGGCAAAUCCAGUUUCGUCAUUGAGCCUCCCGGAGCGGAACAGGAGCAAGAUGAUCUAGUGACAGCUUUGGACUCGCAGUUUUCUCUCUCUGAACCUCAUUCUGACGAAGCGGAUCGACAAAAUGGCACAAAUUCAACUCCGUCAAUGGACGAGUGUAACGAGUUGUUGGAGUUGGCUGCGCAAGGUGGAAUACAAUUCGUUCGCGCUACGGAGGACGGUCGUUACGAGGUUAUGACAAGCAGCGAGGCCCGUGACUUAAUGGCGCAGAAUUCCCACGACGUAACGAUUCUUGACAGCGAACAGGCGGAUGCCAUCAAUCUUGUGAAUAUACGCAAUAACGGUGACGUCAUCAUCGGCGACAACGAUAAUCAGAUCAUGGUGCUGGAAUCCGGCCAGAAAUCUAGCAGUAUGUCAAUGGACGGUAUCGAGAUUCUCGAGGACAAAGACAUUAGGAUUCUCGAGGGUAAAAGCCUCGACGAUCGUUUCGCGGAUGGUAUAACAUUCCUUCCUCAGACCAAAAUCGAUGAUCUCCUGCUGGGUCCCAAAUCGCUGGUUAUCGAUAAUGAUAAUGCUCUUGUCGAGCACGAUGAUGCUAUGGUCAUACCGUCAAGUCAGCAAGAUUUAACGAGCAUCUUGGGUCAUUCUUCGAACUUAUCUACUAGCUCGCAAUCCUCAUUAUCAUCUCUGUUAAUGAAGAACCAUCCACCAUUGUCCUUGUUGAACGAGACAUUCCCGUAUCUGAAGGGCAGUCAAAGCUUCGCGGACGAUCUAAAUAUUCUUGGCGUUUCCCGGGAAGAUCAUCACUUGGAAUACGACCCGAAGAUGAGAUUGCCUUCAGUCUUCGACGACGAUUGUGAUACCGGUUUAAUAUCCUUCGGUCAAUCGGACAUGAAGAUGCUUGACUCCGGAAAUCAAUGCAUUAAGUCUUUCAAUGACAAGUGUUUGCCGCCUUCCAAGAUGUUCCCUAGUCUAAAUGAGGUGAAGAUCUUAGGGCCGAAGAAUCAUAGUCACGAAUUGAUCGCUCCACAUUAUCAAGAUAAUAGACUCCUCAGUCCUUUCGAGCAGUUUCUUAAGACUACUACUAUGCAAACGAGUGGUUGCGUAUCUAAUACCGCAGACGCGUUCGAAGGAUGUAGGAAAGAAGUGAAAAUACUCGGUAAAAAACUCGGUACUGGCAUUAUCACUUCGACCGAGGAAGGUGAUAUUGUCAAAGUUGUCGAUGACAAUUCUAAAUUUGAAACGAGCAAUGCAAUGGAUCUUUGUGACAACGCCUUACAGCAGUGUACCAUGUCACCGAGACGAUUGCACCGGCAGUCGUCGAUGGAGAGCGACGUCGCGGAUAGCUUCUUGCUCCAAGUAAAAACCUUUGAGAGUAAUUACACUAAAAGCGACAAAAAAGAGAACGUAUCUCCGAACCUGCGCAGGCCGGCAGCCCCUGCUCGGAUUUUCUGAAUUUCGGCAAUCGCUUCGGCGGAAAGGACCUGCUGUCACCCGACGGUCAUCUCGAUAGGAGUCAGAAAGACGAUCGCGGAGAUAAUUUUAUGCCUGGAGAAAUGUUGGACCUAGAUUGACGAUGCGCGACGAAGGCCUCUGCAGUGGCCUCUUACUUCUGGGAUUACUUGUUCUUUGUGUCGCUAUCUCUUGCGAAGAUAUUCGUGCGUUACUUCGAAUUCUUUCGAUGUAUACAAAGAGACCAGGUAAUACGCGAUAAAAAUAAUUGCAUCGAAAAGAAAUGCAUAUUGAUAUUUUUAUAAUUCUUUGUUUACAAAAGAUUGCACUGAUUUAAAUGCGAAGUAAAUUGUAUCUAAAUUAUGCAUUUAUUUGCGAAUUAUUUUGCUGUUAAAUAACAAGUAAUACCAUAUAAAAAUUGAUAGGUUGCUUAAUUUUUGGAAAAUGUGCGAUCUAUUUGCAACAGAUUUUGGAAAGUAAUUUAAGGGAAAAAACUAAUAUAUAUAAUAAUUAUGCAUGUGGCAAUAUAUUGUGAAUACAUGUUUUUUGAAAUGUGCUUGUAAAUCUCAAGGUAUUCACACAUAAUCUCAGAUAUUUCAAUCAUCUCAUUUAUCUUUAUAUGAA